GACAGAGUUGGUGCUCGAUAACUGCCGGUCCAGCAACGGGGAAAUCGAAGGUCUCAAUGACUCGUUUAAAGAACUGGAGUUCCUCAGCAUGGCCAACGUAGAGCUGACGUCGCUGGCCAAGCUCCCCACGUUGAGUAAGCUCCGAAAGUUGGAGUUGAGCGACAACAUCAUUUCAGGAGGCCUGGAGGUCCUGGCAGAAAGGUGUCCAAAUCUCACAUAUCUAAAUCUAAGUGGCAACAAAAUCAAAGAUCUUGGCACUGUGGAAGCUCUUCAAAAUCUGAAAAACUUGAAGAGCCUUGACCUGUUCAACUGUGAGAUUACAAACCUGGAGGACUACAGGGACAGCAUUUUCGAGCUGCUGCAGCAAAUCACAUACCUGGAUGGGUUUGAUCAGGAAGAUAACGAGGCACCAGACUCGGAGGAUGAUGAUGAUGAGGAAGGAGAUGAAGAUGAUGAUGAUGAAGACGAGCACGAAGCUGGUCCUCCAGGAGAGUAUGAAGAGGAAGAUGAUGAAGAUGCUGGGGGUUCUGAUUUGGGUGAAGGGGAAGAGGAGGAGGAAGUUGGUCUUUCAUACCUGAUGAAAGAAGAAAUUCAGGAUGAAGAUGAUGAUGAUGAUUAUGUUGAGGAAGGAGGUGAUGAGGAGGAGGAAGCAGAAGGCGUCCGAGGGGAGAAGAGGAAACGAGACCCCGAAGAUGAAGGCGAGGAAGAGGAGGAUUAA